AUGUCUCAAAACGACUUCAAGACCGUCUUCACGCCUCUCCCUCGCCUGAAAGGUGAAUCCAACUGGAACACAUGGCGCAUGCUUGUUACAGCGACCCUGCGAGGAUACGACUUCGAGAUAUUCCUCGAGACUGACGUCCCUCGCCCUGCUGACCCUAUCGCUGCAGAGGAAUGGAGAAAGAACCGUAACGUCACGUAUGGUCUCCUCAUGAACGCCAGCGAAUCGGUUCUUGACAGACUCUGCACAGCGGGUUGGGUUGACGAUGGAAACCCUUACGAAUUGUGGCAGGCGCUCGAGAAGCACAUUCCGAGAAUCUCACAAGACGCCACAGCUGCCCUUGUUGACGAGUUUGCCAAGACCACCGCCAACGAUCACAAGACUCUUCACGAUGCCCUCAAUCGCUGUCACCACCUCAGAAAGCGUAUUGAGACCAUUCACGGUCGUCUGCCAGACUCCUUCCUCGCUGUUUUCCUCCUUAACUUCUUUAAGGACCGACUUCCCGAUACGUACAAGCAUUUCACAUCGAAGGGCGCCACCCAUCCCACGUGGAAUGAGGUGGCUGAUACGAUUUACACACUUGCCCAAGACGAGGAUCAAAAGCGCAGUUAUGCCACUAUUCGCAACACACCUGGAGGCAAGUCUGCUGGCAGUGGGGGUCCUGCCUCUCCAGCCGUCACCACCACCGUCACCUCCACUGUCACUGCCUCCAAGGAAAAGAAGAAGUGCGACCACUGCAACUGUGAUCACGAGACCACAAAGUGCUAUGUCGCCCACCCCAAUCUCAUCCCUCUACACUACGUCAACCGGGAUAAGUUGAUUGAAAAAGCGAGAAAGCACGUGUGUGGCGAUCGCUGCCGCUGGGAUCAGCCUACUUCUGUUGAUGGCACCCGCCAGACUGUUGUCAGAGCGUCACCUGCCAUCUUGGGUCAGUCUGCCCUUGCCUCCAUCGCCAGCCCAGCAGUUUUCACUGCUGCCCGCGAUGACCUCAUCACCCGAGACGAUAUCGUUCUCGAUUCUGGUUGUACUACUUCAACCUUUAACAACUUGCGAUAUUUCGUUAAGUACGCUGAAAAGAGCGAUUUGACACCUUCCACUUCUGCCUCCGGCGCCCCAGUCCGGUCACUUGGCGUGGGCACCGUCUUCUUCCAGACCCUAGACCCCACCAACCCUAACGUUAUUCACGAUUGGACACUUCACAACGUUGAGUAUAACCCUUCCAGCCCGGCCAACUUACUCAGCCCUGGAAAACUUCGUCGUGAUCACGUGGAAUAUGAUUGGCAGACCUCAAGCCUCAUACACGUGACACAGCGCACUUCCCUUGCCAAAGUUCAUUGGGUUUCUGACGUCUGCGUCGUUGAGACUCAUGAUACUGGAAAUCACGUGCCUCGAGAUAUUGCUGUCAGCCUCGCCGCCUUCCGGGCUACCCAGCGACCGUCUCUUGAACUGAUGCACCGCCGGCUGGUUCACGCCCACCCAUCACGUGUUGUGGAGGCUUGCCGCCGUGUUGGCAUUCGGUUCACAACGUCAGAAAUUGACGCUUUCUUCUGGAACCGUCAGGUUCUACACCUCAUGGAUAAGUAUAGUGGUUACCACUGGGUUGUUUUUCUGCCCAACCACAAGUUUGCCACCAUCCUGGCAGCUAUUAAGAAAUGGGAUACUGAAUUCUAUAGUCUCACCGGCCUCAAGCCCAAGGUUUGGGUUUCUGACAAUGCUCCCGAGCUAAUCAAGGUUUUCAACGACCCCUACUUCGAGGGUACUCGCCACAACACGACUAUUGCCCACACGCCUUCCAUGAACGGUACUAUUGAGCGUGCUGGUCGUACCAUCGUCGAAGGCGCCCGGACACAGCUGAUUGACAUGUCCCUUCCAGAGGAACUGUGGGAUUACAGCAUCGAUUCGGUGACUCAGAUUCUCAACCUCUUGCCCACACCCUCCAAGGGUAACUUGAGCCCUCACGAGAUCAUGGCGAGAGAACUGAACUUGGCUGCUGAACGAGAGGCACCCCACAUUGAACAUCUCCGAACGUUUGGCUGUGCUGCCUACGUACACAAGAAGGGCCCUCGACGCCCUAUGCGCUCUGCCAAGAUGGAACCACGAGCAAUCAAGGGAUUCCUCGUCGGUUACGGUUCUCUUCGUGGCCACAUUUACUACGUUUACCUGCCUGAUCGAAAGGAGGUUAUUCGCUGCAGAGAUGUUCGAUUUCGUGAGGAACCGCACAAGACAGUGUUGCCUCCAACUACUGGCACACCCAACAUUGAUGAAAUUGAACAUGAUGCUGCGUUUGUCGAACCAGAUAUCAUCAUCCAGUACACCAUCCGUCAGAAGCCUAUUGAAGGUGAAAAACCCGUGACUGGUGAUCCCAAACCAGAUGAGACCAUCGUUGAAAAAGCGAUGGCACCCACUGAUACACAUCUCAUGUCUCCGCCACCAGAGAACCUGUUGGAGACCACUGCUACACCUCGUGACAGCAUUACUAACGAAUUGAAUGAUGACGAAUUCGUCGCUUCCGUGGAAACAAUGGAAACUGAUCACCAGGACCCUGAUUCCCUCUCCACGAUUGUUGAGGAAGCAACGAGUCAACCGGCAGAGUCCUCUCGACCUCGCCGCGCCUCAGCCCAGCGACCACCUGGUCACUACCGAGCCGCCAGUGGCGUACGCUCCUAUGCUAAAAAGACUUUUCUAUCUGCUGACAUUCCAGCUUCACUAACUUCUCGUCAAUUCUCUCUCAGCGUGCUUUCUGCUACUGCCCUUUCGAAAGUCCUACCCGACGGCGUGGUGAUCCCGAAGUCCUACCGUGAGGCGCAGAAGAGCCCACAGUGGCCCCAGUGGGAACAAGCCUUCGAACGAGAGAUGACUCAAUUCACGGAAAAGGGGGUUUACGAAGUCGUUUACCCACCACGUGACGCUAAAGUCCUGCCCGGCAAGUGGGUAUGUGACAUCAAAACCAACAAAAACAACGAAAUCGUGCGCUACAAGGCCCGAUAUGUGGUUUGUGGAAACCACGAGAAAGGUGACUGGUCAUCGCAAGAGGUUUACGCUGCAGUUGCCUCUGCCACCGCAACCCGCCUUUUCUUCGCAGUUGUCGCACUUCUCGAUCUUGAAUACGAAGUAUAUGAUUUCGACACUGCUUUCCUAGCCGCCUCGAUUCCAGAGGGGGUUAAGGUGUACGUCCGGCCCCCCGCUGGCUACGCCACUGCAGACAACAAGGUUUGGCUGCUCCACAAGGCACUCUAUGGAUUGAGAAAAUCACCACUUUGGUGGUUUCGACUUAUCAAGGGUGAAAUGGAACGAAUUGGCUUCACUGCUGUUGAUGGGGAGGUUUGUCUCUUCGUCAAUCACAAGAUUAAAGCGUACGUUCUUAUGUACGUCGACGACAACGCCAUCGCCGCUCCCAACAAGCAAGUCAUGAUGGAAGUUCGUCGUCUCCUCGAGAAGGUCUGUUCUCUUAAAGACCUCGGCGAGGCUACCGAUUUUCUCGGUUUCCAGAUUGAACGCGACAGAGCUGCCGGUAAGAUUUUCGUUUCCCAAGCCAAGUACGCAAAAGCAGUGCUUCAACGAUUCGACUUUGAUGGUUUGAGUGCUGUCAAGACGCCUAUGGCGACCACUGACGAUCUGCCCGUCACCUGGGACAAGAACGAGUGCUCGCUUGACGAACAACAACUUUACAUCGAACAAACCGGCUGCCUUAACUUCCUGGUGGCUGGAACUCGCGUUGACAUGGCCUACACCGUCAGUAAAUUUGCCAACGGCUACGACAACGUCAUGAACCCACUCAACGAGGCACGAACCCGCCACAUCGACGUCCGAUACAAAUGGAUCAUACAGGAGGUUCACACUGCGAAAAGCAUCGAACUCCGACUCAUCAAGGGCGCUGAUAUGGCCGCCGAUGGACUCACGAAGCCACUGGUUGCGGUCAAACACAAGGAAUUCGUUCGUUUGUUGGGCAUGGCGGAGGGAUUGGAUUGA